GAAAGGUGACGCGGUGCUUUGGCGGCCAUUUCUCUCUCGGCUCAGGGGUGCGGGCUCGCAGCAGCGGCUCCGGUCACGAGGGACAGGCGGCGGCGUGGCGGUCGGCGGCGGGGAGCCUGUGGUAUCCGCCCGUGUUCGCGAUGAGUUUACCUCUCAAUCCCAAACCUUUCCUCAAUGGACUAACAGGAAAACCAGUGAUGGUGAAACUUAAGUGGGGGAUGGAAUACAAAGGCUACCUGGUAUCUGUAGAUGGCUAUAUGAAUAUGCAGCUUGCAAAUACAGAAGAAUACAUAGAUGGGGCAUUGUCUGGACAUCUGGGUGAAGUUCUAAUAAGAUGUAACAAUGUCCUUUAUAUCAGAGGUGUUGAAGAAGAAGAAGAAGAUGGGGAAAUGAGAGAAUAGCCACUUGGGGGAUCUUUUUUAUAUAUAUAUUUCUAGACAAUAUUUUUUUCCAGUCCAUCUUGUGACAGAAGGUAUUGAAAAAAAGAUGGGAAAUGAAAGAAUGGCGCCUUUUUGUGGGUUUUUUUUAUAUAUAUAUUUCUAGACAAUAAAAAUUUGUCAGUCUGAA